GGCCCGGGCCGGCGCGGCGAGCGGCUCGGCGGAUGGAGAGUCUGGCCGCGGCCGGCGGCGCCGCCUCCUCGUCGGGCCGGGCACGGCGGGCCGGGGCCUUUGUGUGAGGCGGCGGCGGCGAUGGUGCUCGGACCCCGCGGAGCCGGAUUGACCUUGCUGAUAGAGGCCACUUCCUAGGAGCUGCUAAGAUGGGCAUGAGAAUCAAACUGCAAAGCACCAACCACCCCAACAACCUGCUGAAGGAACUCAACAAGUGCCGGCUGUCAGAGACCAUGUGCGAUGUCACGAUCGUGGUGGGCAGCCGCUCCUUUCCUGCCCACAAGGCAGUGCUGGCGUGCGCAGCUGGCUACUUCCAGAACCUCUUCUUGAAUACUGGGCUCGAUGCCGCCCGGACCUAUGUGGUGGACUUCAUCACUCCUGCCAACUUCGAGAAGAUUCUGAGCUUUGUCUACACCUCGGAGCUUUUCACAGACCUGAUCAACGUUGGGGUGAUCUAUGAGGUCGCCGAGCGUCUGGGUAUGGAGGACCUGCUUCGGGCCUGCCACUCCACGUUCCCCGACCUGGAGAGCACUGCAGUAGCCAAGUCCUUGACCAGUGAGAGCCAGUCUGGUACUCUGAGGUGCCCUUCAGUAGAUCCCACCCACCCUCUUGGGGAACUCCGGGGAAGUGGGGAACACUUUGGUCCUGAGAGAAACUAUGCGUUGCCUACUGAUGCUGGAGGGAGUUAUAAAGAGGAAGAAAGGAGUGUUGUCAGUGACGCCAAUCACAGCUUGCCCCUGCCACAACUGCCCUUGCCACCAAAGACGGAAGACCACGAUGCCCCUGUUUCAUUCACAUCUGUUCCUACUGUGGUGACCCAGCCAGUCCUAGGCACUGUCAGCACGGGCAUCCAGACCAGCGCGAGUUCUUGCCAGCCAUACAAAGUUCAGAGCAAUGGAGACUUCAGUAAAAGCGGCUUCUUCGCCUCCGAUAGUGCCAUAGACGUUACAGCUGGGACCAACUCCUGUUUGAGCAAUAGCGACCACUCCAAAGAUCCAGGCUUUGGGCAGGUGGACGAGCUCCAGCUGGAGGACCUGGGGGACGAGGAUUUGCAGUUCGAGGACCCGGCUGAAGAGAUUGGGACAACUGAGGAGGUGAUCGAGCUGAGUGAUGACAGCGAGGAUGACCUGACUUUUGGUGACAGUGACAACCGGGAGAAUAAGGCCAUGCCCUGUCAGGUAUGCAAGAAAGUUCUGGAGCCCAACAUUCAGCUGAUCCGGCAGCACGCUCGGGACCAUGUGGACUUGCUCACAGGUAACUGCAAGGUCUGCGAGACCCACUUCCAGGACCGGAACUCCCGGGUGACCCAUGUCCUGUCCCACAUCGGUAUUUUCCUGUUUUCCUGUGACAUGUGUGAAACGAAAUUCUUUACUCAGUGGCAGCUGACGCUGCAUCGACGGGACGGCAUAUUUGAGAACAACGUCAUUGUCCACCCUAACGAGCCCCUUUCUGGGAAACUGGGUCUCUUUCCAGGGGCGGCCUCCCCAGAGUUGAAGUGUGCUGCUUGUGGGAAAGCGUUGGCCAAAGAUUUCCACGUGGUCCGAGGCCACAUCCUUGACCAUCUGAACUUGAAGGGCCAGGCCUGCAGCGUCUGUGACCAGCGCCACCUCAACCUGUGCAGCCUCAUGUGGCACACUCUCUCUCACCUGGGCAUUUCGGUCUUCUCCUGUUCAGUCUGUGCCAGUAGCUUUGUGGACUGGCACCUCCUAGAGAAGCACAUGGCUGUGCACCAAAGCCUGGAGGACACCCUGUUCCGCUGCCACUUAUGCAGCCAGAGCUUCCGGUCUGAGGCUGCCUACCGCUACCAUGUCAGCCAGCACAAAUGUACCAGUGGCUUUGACACGCGGCCUGCUCUGGGGCUACAGCACCUCGCCCUCCAGAAGCGGAAGCUGCCCACGGAGGAGUUUUUGAGUGAGGAGCUGGCUUUGCAGGGCCAGCCUGCCAACAGCAAGUAUAGCUGCAAGGUCUGUGGGAAGAGGUUUGCCCACACGAGUGAGUUCAACUACCACCGGCGGAUCCACACGGGUGAGAAACCUUACCAGUGCAAGGUGUGUCACAAGUUCUUCCGAGGUCGCUCGACCAUCAAGUGCCACCUCAAGACGCACUCGGGGGCGCUCAUGUACCGCUGUACAGUCUGUGGCCACUACAGUUCCACCCUUAACCUCAUGAGCAAACAUGUCGGUGUCCACAAGGGCAGCCUUCCGCCUGACUUCACCAUUGAGCAGACCUUCAUGUACAUUAUCCAUUCCAAAGAGACUGAGAAGAACCCCGACAGCUGACGGGGUCUCCGCAGAGCCGGGGGGCUCCCAGGUGGCAGCCGGGUAGUGAUUUUCUAGAGGGUCCUUCCCAGCUGACGCUACAGUUUGCCUUGCUAGGAAUUCUCUGUAUCGCGUUGAGAGAAGAAAGAGCACACAAGCUGGUACUGUUUGUUUGCGAGAGGCAGCAGCCUGGUGCGUUUACCUCCAUACCUGUUCUUGCUCACACAGGGCUGCAUUCUUGGUUAUUUUGAGGCUGGUCUUUAGGAUCUAGUCAAGUGGGCCUGUCUACUAGGUCCCCUUUGCCAGUUUCUCUUGUUUUAGUUUUUUACUGAUAGAUUUUUAUGCUGCUAAGAACCUACCAGCAGCCUCACUGGAUAGAAGAGGUGGAGAGAGGUUUUCACUGUGGGGGUGACUGCCCAACCUUUGGCGGGACAACAGCUCUGAGAAGGUUUGGGGAAUGUAGUCAUUUGGAAGGAUGAGCAACAGGGCAGGGCAGUUCAUCUCGGGGUCCCACCCCCUCAGUAGGGACAAGGUGUCAGGAGCUGAGGGCGCUACUUGCUCCGCUUCUCAAAUCUCCCGAUUAGAUUGAAAAUCUCUUGUCAGCUAGAUCUAAACUGAGGACCAAGCUUUCUGUUUAGGUUGGCAAGCUUUGGGUGUCCCAUGGUGCCACCCGAUGGGAAGCCUGGAUGGAUGGAAGAAGAUGCCCUUCUUUUUCCUCGUUUCCAAAGAAACAUGAUUUUUUUAGAGUAUAGCCCUGGAUGUCAAGCCUUCUGUCAGAGGACAGAGAGCCACUCAAUGUAGUCAUCUGUCACCUGGCCAUCUCCUUAGCCCCGCGUCUCCCGGGCACGGAGGAGACUUCUGACAGCAGCAGUCUUGCCUUAAUUCACAUCAAGUCUCCCACUCAGGAUGGUUUGGCCUACAGCGUAGACGAGAAGACCCUGUGAGGCGGUGGAUCGUGAGCCCUUCGGGAUUUAAGGAACCCGAUUGACUGGUGGUAUAUGGCAGGGUGUGCGCUCUGACGGUCUCACAUGGGUACCUUGUUUACUUGGUAGUAAAAGUAUGGGAGUUUGGCGUUGAUGCUGAGCAUCGCCUCCAGGGGGCGCUCUUGGAUGGUAGCUGGCUUAGGCCUUCCGUGUGGCUGUUUGGCUCCUUAGUCUUUGAAAGGGCCUUGCCCAAAAAAGGCUGGAGGAGAGAACCUUUGAUCUUGCAUACUUAUAAGAUGGCACCUCAGUAGCUCAUACUACCUCACCCUGCUCAGGUGAGCUCUGAGAGUCCCUAGUUUUGGGCCCAGCCACUGCCACUGCCCCUGGUGGGACUCAGCAGCACCCUGGGCUAUUCCAUAAACAAGUGGUUUUAAUUAACUCACAAAGCCUUUUUAGACAUCAAUAUUUAUUUAUUUUUAUUUUGUAUACGUAUUACCCAGCAUCUCUUUUUGAUAAGUGACUGUAGGAAAAUUAGUUUCUCUCAAGCAAGGAACCAUAUUCUACCAGACGGGUCUGGCUGUGGAUUUGGAGGACAGGCGUGCAAGCACGGGAAGACGUGCCAGGCCUUUUAAGGAGCACAUUUUCGCUUCUCCAGGGGUAGUCUCUAGCAGAACAAACCUAGAUCAAGUCACAUGCAGGUUUUCGCACAGUUUUUAUCCAUCCAGCGUGGGCGGCCUCCUGUCCACGUAUCUUAAGACACAGGCAAAGCAAAGCCUUGUCCUUGGGCUGGGGAAGCCUUGAGUAAAGAAAUGCCCGGGGCAUCCGGGGGCUCACGUGAUGGGCCUCUGACAGUGGCUGGUCAAAGGCCGCCUUCUCAUGAGAUUCCUUUCCUUGGGGAUGGGUAACAGGCUGCAGGUGGAGCUGCUGAGCUUCAUGAGACUGCUGGUGAGGAGGAGUGUGGACCGGCUGAUGGGGGGACAGAGACUUCCCAGGCCUCAGCCAGGUCACCGAGAGUGGAGAAACCCUUUUCUAUAGCUUAUGGCAUCGUGGAUGCUGGGUGGUCAGUCUGUCUACUUAACCUGAAACUGUGAAGUUUUCCCUUUUUGCCAUAAACCAAAAAGCAGAUCUUUGAACUUUUGCCCUUUAAACACUAAAACCAAACUGUGCCCUCUGGUCCCUCGAGGUUAGUUGAUCAGGGAGAUCCACUUGGUCCCAGUCAGACAUGUAGCAGGUGGAAGCAGUGUCUCAUGAGGCUCGCUUGUCCUAACCACGCCUCUGUGGGUAGCCCCACAUCUGUUCCUGUCUCCCCUUCUGUGUGAAGUUGUUUGCUUUCCCCGAAUCUAGUUCGUUCUUCUCUUGAGUUGAUUUACUUGAAACGUUACAUGGUAGUGAAGGGUACCCAGACUACCUGGUGGAAGGUGUUUUGCAGUUUUAGUUUUUGAUACCCAUUUGAUUUCACGUUUGCCUCCCUUGUGAAUUUCCGUUUAGCACUAUCCCCGCUGUAUUGCGUUAGAGUUCUCUCUGACCCUAGAAUGUUCCAUCUUUGCCUCCCCCUCCCUUCAGUCUGUACUCAGGACCCACCUGCAGAGUUUUCAGAACUCUGCCCAGCAGUCACCCGGGCUGCUGGCUGACUGUUUGGAGAGCGUUAAGUCAAACGAGAACAUUCCUAGCUUGUUUCCUAAGGGAAAUUGUAAUGUUGGUGCUGUAAGCCGGCAUAAGCAGCACGGCUGUCUGUGGCCAGAGAACAAGAUGUUUCCUUGGAUGCUGCGGGUGACCCCUGAUGGCUCAGUGAUGUCAUACACUGGCUGGAAGCUCUACUGAAUGAACCCUACUAUUUGGUUCUAAGUUUUGAGAUUCUUUGGAGUCCCCGAAGUUCAUGGUUAGUUGGGAAGAAAAGAAGUGGUAUUGGUGGGGGUCAGGUAACCCUAAGAACCAGGAAAUAGGUAAGAAUCAUAUUUUAUUUUAUCGUGACAUUUACAGCCCCCUGUCUACAGGGCGAACCUGUAAACUUCAGUGCUUUUUCCAGGCAGGAUUUUGCUACUGAUUGUCUUCCUCUUUUGGCCUCCUGCUGUGCCCUUUCCACUAGACCCUAUACUACUCAACUUUGAAAAUUAAUUUAAAUCCCUUUCUAGAUGGACACUGAGUUUGUUGGCAAGGGAGUGGGCCCUAUGAAGUAGUCUCUGCCUGUCUGGGAGUACCUACAUGUCCUCUCCCUCUCCCCAAGUGUUGCUCCACAUGAGUCAGAAAGUGGGUGACAACAUGCGUUCAGCGUAGUUCCACAUCACAGCCAGUGUCAGAACAAACGACACGGGAUGAUGUUCGACACCUUCCUCGUCAGUCCCACCCUCCCCCACCUGGAGUAGCUCAAGUCUGGUGAAGCAGAGAAGCUGUUGAUGUCUAACCCUUCCAUUAAAUUAAGAAGUACUGACCUCCUAAUAUUUAAGUGUUUACUAUCUGCUGUAAAGUUUUGUAUAUUUUGUAAACCUUUUUCCCCAAAUAGUAGACGUCUAAAAUCCUACAUCUGAUUCUUUUAUAUUCCAUUGUUCAGCACAAAGUGUGGUUUUUAUUUAGAAUAAAAAAGAAAAAAGAAAGAAAUUUGAAGUGGGAGUUCUUUUUCUGUGCCCAUGCCUGUUUGCUCAGGCCCCGAGUUCAGCAUCUGACUCUGGCUGGCCUCCAGAGCUCACACCAGCCCCGCAGAUGCCAGGAUUCUUUCAGACAACACAUUGUGUUUUCCUGACGCUGGAAUUCCCCAGGACCGGUGUGUUGGCUGUUCUUUUUAGUGGGAAUUGAAGUCAAGUAAUCAGUGUCUCAGGGAAGCAUCCCUGAGGUGGUCUUGCAGCCUGGAGAGUAUAGUGGGCCUCUGCAGAGCUCUCAGCCCAGAGUCAGGCAGCAAGGGCUCUUGCUAUUGCCACUGUAUGGUGAAGUAGUGUGGGAGGCAGAUGGGGUGGUAAAGGAAGAGUGAACAGGAGGCAGAGGUUGGCGUUUUGUAAGCUAGGUCGUAGUGUUUUCCCUCAGAACAUGACCUGUGGUCCCUUUGGUCCUGAAGCCUGAGGCCUGGCUAGUCAUCUGCUUGGUAAAUGUCUGCUGAGGAGAACAGCCUGGUAGUCAGUGUAUCUAUUUCUGCUCUUCUCUUCCGGGUGGAACAGCCCUCAGGAGAUUUGCUCAGUGACACCUGGUCUCAGGGUGGAAGAUGUGUACCAGUGUCACAGUGGUGUGGGCAUCAGGACUUCGCCUUCAUCGUAAAUGGGGACAAGUGAAGAAGGGUUUUUAAUGCAAUUUCUGCAUUGGUUAAAUUUUUACUGUAACUUGAGCAGCAACUAAGACUUCCGGGUUAGCCUUGAACUCUGCCCCUGAGGAGCUGCCUCUAACUUAAGAGCCUGUCAGCUGUGGAGCCAGCACACAGAGUCAGUGUUGGCUCCCUCUGCACAUUGGCAGUGCUUGCGCUAGAGGAGCGGCUGAGGGAUUGGUCUGGUAAGUAGGGGUUGAGGUUUCUGAAAGCUGAACUGGUGUGACGGACGGACGGACGGAUCCCUGGAGCUCUGGAGGUUUAGUGAGAGAAAAGAAGUUGGAGAUCAGUUGAUGGAGACAUCUGAUGUUGACCUUCUGUAUGCACGGGCACACACUUGAGCAUUUGUCUGCACGCGCGCGCGCGCGCACACACACACACACACCCACACCCAUUUCAGUGACUCUGCCAGUGAGCAGAACAAGAGAGACAGUGAAGAGAUCAGAGGAAAUUAUGGGGUCACCCAUUACCAGAGCAGACUGCAAGUCCAUUGACCUCCAGAUGCUGCCCAGGGGCCAAGGCCACAAGGCAGAAGCUAGAGUCAUGUCCGCUGCCCUGUUUACCAAGUCUGGCACCCAAGCCUUGGCUGCAGACUCGCCUGUCAGCAAGAGGACAUCUUAUCUAUAGUGUUCCUAGACAAGGUGCUGGGCAGGGAGGCCUUUGGAGAACUUACUGUAGAGUUCUGGGAAUGAGGAAGCAGUCUUUGGCUCAUUUCCCUCUACCUGCAGGGGACAAAGGCAGAGGCCCAGAGUGAAUAUCCCCAGAUACUUUGUGGUAAUCUGGGAGAUGGGGUGGGGUGGGGUCACUGGUGGCUCCGUGCUUCUCUAGGUUCAAACAGGGAGGUCAUCGUGAGGAGGCCUCAGCUUUGGGGUGGGGGUAGGGGGAGCAGGAUGGGUGGGGGAAGGGAGGGUACCACAGGGAAAUGGAGCCACACUUUCUGGAUGGCUGGGUGGAGGGACCAUCCUGCUGAGCCAGCGGUGGGGUGCCUGCCGACUGGCCAGGCUGUAGUCCCCACCCCCUCAGCUCACUCGCCGUGUACUGCUAGAAUGGCCCGGCAGAAGCCUCCUGGGUCCUUGGCCUCUGGCCCCUUAUCCCCACAACUUGCUUAGUGAGCUGGAAGAUCAACAAGCACACAAACACAAAAGCAAAGUUUUGCAAGGUUCCUGCGGCGUGGACUCUUUCCGGCCAGGGUGAUUUAUGAAACAGGGGCAUCCAGUUCCCUCUGCAGAACAUUCCUUCACUUCCGUGCCUUCCGAAGCCCAGCUGAACGUGCGCAGCGCUCAGAUCCCAGCACAGCUGUCGCUACAAAUUGAUUUAUUUCACCCCUCCCCCCACCUGUGUGGCUCCCUUUGCCAAGAAGACCCAAACAAAUAGCUUACCACCAAGGGAGGACCCAUGCCCUGUCCUUCCCAACCCUUCCCCCCCCCCCCCCCCCCCCCCCCCCCC